UUAGAUUUGCGUGCGAUAUGGUGCUUACUUGUCGAUUUUAUUUGAUUGAUUUAACAAUCGUCGACAAAUUUACGUUAGAUUGUAUGUGAAAGUCGUAACGGAGAACAUGUUGCCUUUAUCAAACUUGCAAUUUUCAGCUUGUGGUUAACAGAUGGAACAGCACACGGGUUGCCGACCGUGUACAGUUUUUGCCGGUGUUCUACUCGUGAUUUCAUAUUUGAUCUCCAAGAAUUCGGUAUCGGCAGCGGCUCUUAGGAUUAGUGAUGAAUGCGAUUGGUUUGGAAGUGGCAUCGAUUCUUCCCAAGGAAAUAGCGGUGUCUUGCCUAUUUACCUGAGGUGCAAAGAGGGCAUUAUCGAAUGGCAGUAUCCUCGCGGUGCACUUCGUAUAAUAUUGCGCACAGGCCACAGUGGUAAAGACUUCACGGCCUGCUUCAAAGUGCUCGCGCACUCUUCUGGAGCUACUUUGUACCUCGAAGGGCACCAAAGUCUCAGGUACUUGUACGGUCACGGUGAUGAAUCGAACUCUGAAAACGAAGUUAAGUGUUACAAAUCGAUCGGAGGACAAGUGGCUUUGUUCCUUGAAGCUCAAAUGCCUCAAGAUUCGUUAAAAAAAGAGAAGAUCCAGUUCCUAUAUGAUUUGCAACCUCUUCAUGAAAAGGCUUAUUCAGAUUGCCGCCCAUGUACAGAAAGAGAAUUACUUUAUCUGUUUUGCACUAGCGAUUUCGCUGUGCGAGGCUCAAUCAGUGCUUUAUAUCAAAACGAGCUAAUGCAGCGGACUGAACUCACUGUGCGGUCAAGUGCAAUAAUACGUGACUCUGAACCAAAAGUGUUCACACCCACUGAAAAACUGUAUGGCAAUAAUACUGUGUAUUCUGGUGUUAUUCACAGGCCUUUGCAUUGUGGAACUAAGGUGGGAAGUGGCGAAUUUUUAUUUCUUGGACGAUGGCGUCUUGGAGACCCUAUUAUAUCUUGUGCUCCGCGCUGGACGGAAUGGAAGAAAGUUAGGAGGAAAGCUGUUAUGUCUGAAACCCUAGAUUGUGUCCUUGACUAGUUUUUUGUGUUUCAUGUGUUUAUGUGUACAUAAAAAAAAAAGCUUUUCGUGUUCAAAGUAUAUUUGUAUGUGUAAAAGAACUACCUAAAACAUAUCAGGAUCAGAUACCCAAGAUGACUUCUGUUUUAUAUUUAACCGGAAAUUCAAGAUGACAUGUGUUAAUCAGUAGAAAAAAAAAGCAACAUCCUGACAAAUGGAGAUACGUUGCCCUUCGUAUUACUAACACUUUUGAGAAGAAACCUUUUCCACACCACAUUUUUAAUACAUUUCAGUCCAAUUAUAAAACACCCAGGACAAUUGGCUUUUUCGAGUGCCCAUUCCCAUCAAUAAUUCAGAAUUUGUACUAGUGCAGUAUGUGAUUUACUACUACAUAUUCACUGAAUGUCGUACAUAAAAUCAUAAAUCAAUGACAGCUUGCAAUGUGAUUUUUCACAGAAUUGGAUUUUGUAUUUAACACUGUGAUAAAAUGAUCGAAAAUCAAGAGUAAUAUUUUUCUAGCAGACAUAGAAAAGAAUGUUUCUAGAACUUUUCAGUCUAAAAACAUUUGAAAUAUAAAAUGAAGAUAAAACAGUGAAUGAACAAAAUUCAUACCUGUUCGAAUACGUGUAAUAAAUUAGUGGAAAUUCAUCAGUAUUUUCAUCAAAAUAAUUUGUGUUCAAAAUAGAGGGGUAGAUUGCUCCUUUUUUCAACAUGAAAACAAAGUUGUGUGUUUAAAGAUGUUUUAAAAUCAUGCUUAAAAAUGCAUAUUUUAUCCAAAGCAAAAAUAUUUUGUUAAUGAAUUUUAUUGCCAAGAAAAAAACCAUUAAAUGUUGUACAGUUUUCGUA